UGUGCGAUAAAUAAAAGGCGCUUAAGCAAACACUGCAUAUAAUUGAGAAUAAUAAUUUAAACAAAAACGAAUCAUAGCAAACCGAAAUCUAAUCCAUACAAAAUUCAAUUAUCUAGCACGCGGAUUUGUGGAUACAACAGCAAAUAAAAACCAUUGCGAACUCAACUCCAAACUGCACUCAACAUGAUGUCCUUCAAGUCGUUUAUGCUGCUUAGCUUAUCCCUCGCUGCCAUCAGUGCCUAUGUCUACGCCCAGAUAGCCCCAGGCUCGAAUGCGUACCUGCCGCCCACGAAGAAUGGCUACGACUACCCCGAGCCGCCGAAUUCCCUUAAACCCGGUCCACCUGGCAGACCCGCUGGUCCCGGCCCACGUCCACCGGCACCACCCGGCCAGCCACGCAACAUUCCCGGCCAGCCAGGCGAUGAUCAUGUGCAUAUGCCCGGCAUGCCCUACGAAUUCGAGUACGCCGUGCAGGAUCCGGAGACAGCCAACGAUUAUGCGCACAAGGCGUCCAGCGAUGGGGAUGUGGUGACUGGCGAAUACCGCGUUCAGAUGCCUGAUGGACGCACCCAAGUGGUGCGCUACACCGCCGACUGGAAGACCGGCUACCAUGCGGACGUCAGCUACGAGGGGGAGGCCACCUUCCCACAGGGACCGCAGCCGGGAGCGCGCGGUGGCGGCGGCGGCGGCGGUGCCGGUGGUUACAAGUACUAAGAGUGGAGUGGUGUGGAUUUCAUGAGAAACGUGUAAACUUUACGAUAUACGAGUACCGUACCAAUAAAAUUUAUUGAUAAACUA